CCCCAACAAAAUGAUCAUUAUCAAAAGGCACUAUUCUCACCCUUUUCUUCUUCUCUUCACUACUGUUAUUCUUCUCCUCCUUCUUCCUGUGUCAGAUGCUGCAGAUAACACAAGCUUGGUUUACAAAGUUUGUUCAGAUGAGAAACUACAUGACCCAUCUGGGGUUUACUCACAGAACCUCAAAUCCUUAUUGGUUUCUCUUGUUUCACAAUCUUCACAAAAACCUUUCUUCACAACAAAUUCUGGCACUGGCCAGAAUAAUAUGAUCAUGGGUUUGUACCAAUGCAGAGGAGAUUUAUCAAACACUGCUUGCUACAACUGUGUCAGCAAAGUUCCUUACAUUUUGGACAAUCUUUGUGGCAAGGUGGUGGCUGCGAGAAUCCAACUAAGUGAUUGUUAUCUGAGGUACGAGGUUGUGGGGUACAAGCAGGUUCCUGAGACUCAGUUACUUUACAAGGUGUGUGGUUCAAAACAAGCAAAUGGAGAUGGUGGUGAUGGGUUUGAGGAAAAAAGGGAGUCAGCUUUUGGCAUGGUGGAGAAUGGAGUGAAGAGUAGUAAUGGUGGGAAAUUGUUCUACAAAGGGAGUUACCAAUCUUUGAAUGUAAUGGGGCAGUGUGAGGGUGAUUUGGCCAUUGAUGAUUGUGGUGAUUGUGUUAAAAGUGCUGAGGAACAAGCCAAAGCUGAGUGUGGUGACUCAUUUCAAGCACAGAUUUAUCUCCAUAAGUGCUUCCUCAGUUAUAGCUUUUACCCUGAGGGAGUUUCUUCCACCAUGCCAUCUUCAACUGCAGAGUCAGCAGCCCAAGAAGGCACUCAAAAAACAGCAGCCAUUGCUCUGGGGAUAUUUGCAGCUAUUAUUUUCUGCUGCGUUGUUUUCUUGUGUGUCAAGUCAGUGAUGGAUAAAAAAAGAGAUGGAACUUGGAAGUGAAUUUGACAAUUUCUACUUAUUUUAACCUCUUACACCACUUGAAGGAGUGUCAGAUAUAUGGGCAUUUAGGUUCUACAACUUGCCAAAUAAUGGAGUGACAUGUGUCAACUUAGUAUAUGAGACAGAAUGAAUACAUACAUUAUUUUCUAUAUAUCUUACAUGUCAAUAUAGAGUUAGUUUCUAACAUUUUAGCUUAAAAUAUAAAAGGCUAUAUAGUUCAGACAUUA